CAUCGACGGUAACAGUUGAACGUCGGAGGCGAUUCAGAUUUUAGACGCUGACAUUCGAACGCCCGUUGUUCUAAUGAAGAAUAAUCCACUCGGAAGCCGAAGUUCACUAGCGAUGGAACAUCCGGAAGACGAAUGUCGCGGUGGCGGUGAACAUGCCAGUAAACAAGAUGACGAGGAAUCUGCUGCUCGUGUCGAGGAAUUUAAAAGAUCUAUUGAGGCAAAGAUUGCUUUGCGGCAGAUUAAUCUGAAUCCUGAGAGACCUGACUCAGGUUUUCUGAGGACUUUAGAUUCCAGCAUUAAGCGCAAUACAGCUGUUAUUAAGAAGCUUAAGCAGAUAAAUGAAGAGCAGCGGGAAGGCUUGAUGGAUGAUUUGCGGGGUGUCAACUUAAGCAAAUUUGUUAGCGAAGCUGUCACAGCUAUAUCUGAUGCCAAGCUAAGAACUUCAGACAUACAAGCGGCUGUUCAGAUAUGUUCAUUGCUUCAUCAAAGGUACAAAGACUUCUCCCCUAGCCUGAUUCAAGGCCUUUUGAAAGUCUUCUUUCCUGGAAAAUCUGGGGAUGAGCCAGAUGCUGAUAGGAGCUUGAAGGCUAUGAAGAAGCGCAGCACUUUGAAACUCCUCCUUGAACUUUACUUUGUUGGAGUUAUAGAAGAGACCAGCAUUUUCGUCAACAUCAUUAAGGACCUUACCAGCUUGGAGCAUUUAAAGGACCGAGACACGACUCAGACGAAUCUAACUCUUCUUUCCAGUUUUGCUCGACAGGGAAGAGUUUUGCUUGGACUUCCUCUUUCAGGACAGGAGAUUCUCGAAGAGUUUUUUAAGGGCCUCAAUAUAACAGCGGAUCAAAAGAAAAUCUUUAGGAAGGCAUUCUACACCUACUAUGAUGCUGCUGCAGAACUCCUCCACUCCGAGCAUGCUUCACUUCGUCAACUGGAACAUGAAAAUGCAAAGAUUUUAAAUGCCAAAGGGGAGCUUAGCGAAGAAAAUGCUGCUUCAUAUGAAAAAUUGCGGAAAUCCUACGAUCAGUUAUUCCGUGGUGUUUCAUCUUUAGCAGAAGCACUUGAUAUGCAACCUCCUGUAAUGCCAGAGGAUGGUCACACAACCAGGGUUACAAGUGGAGAGGAUGCAUCAUCUCCUGCUUCUGGAAAAGAGUCUUCUGUUCUUGAACCAGUAUGGGAUGACGAAGAUACAAGGGCAUUUUAUGAAUGCUUGCCCGAUCUGAGAGCAUUUGUUCCUGCUGUGUUACUUGGAGAAGCAGAGCCAAAAAUGGUCGAGCAUUCUCCCAAGACGCAAGAUCAACCAAUUACUCAGGAAUUGGCAUCUGAACCAGACCAAGGUCAUUUGGCUUCACAGGAGACUGCAGAGGUUUUUGUAAACCCUGGAGCUGCACCAGAAGGGAAAACUGAUGAGAAAGGGAAGGGCAAAGAGGAAAAAGAUAAGGAAAAGAUUAAAGACUCAGAUAAGGAGAAAGGGAAAGAAAAAGAUACUGAAAGAAAAGGAGAAAGUGAGAAGGAGAAACUGAAAGGUCUUGAAGGGACAAAUUUGGAUGCUUUGUUACAGAGACUUCCUGGUUGUGUGAGCCGUGACCUCAUUGAUCAGUUGACUGUGGAGUUCUGUUAUUUAAAUUCAAAAUCGAAUCGGAAAAGGCUUGUGCGGGCAUUGUUUAAUGUUCCUAGAACUUCUUUGGAAUUAUUGCCUUAUUACUCUCGCAUGGUGGCCACGUUAUCAACGUGUAUGAAGGAUGUCUCUUCAAUGCUCUUGCAGUUGUUGGAAGAGGAGUUCAACUUCUUGACAAAUAAGAAGGACCAAAUGAACAUUGAAACAAAGAUUAGGAAUAUAAGGUUUAUUGGAGAACUUUGCAAGUUCAGAAUUGCACCAGCAGGUCUUGUCUUUAGUUGUUUGAAGGCCUGUCUGGAUGAUUUUACUCAUCACAACAUAGAUGUUGCUUGCAACCUUCUUGAGACAUGUGGGCGCUUCCUGUAUCGAUCUCCUGAAACUACAAUACGUAUGGCAAACAUGUUGGAGAUAUUGAUGCGCUUGAAAAAUGUCAAAAAUUUAGAUCCUCGUCACAGCACCCUUGUAGAAAAUGCUUAUUACCUUUGCAAACCACCUGAACGUUCUGCUCGAGUCUCCAAAGUACGUCCACCAUUGCAUCAGUAUAUCAGAAAGCUUCUUUUCUCCGACCUUGAUAAGUCCUCCAUUGAGCAUGUCCUGAGGCAGUUGCGUAAGUUACCUUGGGAUGAAUGUGAAGAAUACCUAUUGAAAUGCUUUAUGAAGGUUCACAAGGGAAAGUACAGUCAAGUGCACCUCAUAGCUUCGCUUACUGCUGGACUGAGUCGCUAUCACGAUCAAUUUGCAGUGGCAGUUGUCGAUGAGGUUCUGGAGGAGAUCAGAUUGGGGCUGGAGAUGAAUGACUAUGGAAUACAGCAACGCCGCAUAGCACACAUGCGGUUCUUAGGGGAGCUAUACAACUAUGAGCAUAUAGAUUCAUCUGUUAUUUUUGAAACACUUUAUUUGAUUCUUGUAUUUGGCCAUGGGACACCAGAGCAAGAUGUGCUGGAUCCACCAGAAGAUUGUUUCCGCAUUCGGAUGAUCAUAACACUUCUGCAGACGUGCGGGCACUACUUUGACAGAGGUUCUUCCAAAAGGAAACUUGAUAGAUUUUUGAUAUAUUUUCAGAGGUACAUCCUCAGCAAAGGUUCAAUACCUCUAGAUAUCGAAUUUGACUUACAGGACCUAUUCGCAGAUUUACGUCCAAACAUGAUUCGAUAUUCAUCCAUUGAAGAUGUUAAUUCGGCCUUGAUAGAGCUUGAAGAACACGAGCGUUCAGUAUUAACUGAUAAGGGCAAUAGUGAGAAGCACUCAGACACUGAAAUUCGCAAGCGUCCUGUUCGGGUAAAUUCUAUUGCCACCGCGGCGAAUGGGCAAAACCCUGAAAAUGGGAUUGAAGAAAAUGGUAGAGCUCAUGAAGAGGUAGGAGACAGUGAGAGUGACUCAGGAAGUGGCAGCAUUGACCAGGAGGUGAAUGAAGAUUAUGAUGAGUUGUACGAGGACAAGUCUGAAAAUCAGGAAGAUGGAUGUGAUAGUGAUGAGGAAGAUGAUGACACAGGCGCGCCCAUUGCUUCUGAUGAGGAUGAUGAGAUCCAAGUCAGGCAGAAGGUGGUAGAGGUGGAUCCUCAGGAAGAAGCAGAGUUUGAUCGUGAGUUUAGAGCUCUAAUGCAGGAGAGUUUGGAGUCCCGCAAACUGGAGUUGCGGGCCAGACCAACCUUGAAUAUGACAAUACCAAUGAAUGUGUUUGAAGGAUCCAAGGAUCAUCAUGGAAGGAGCAUGGAGGGGGAAAGUGGGGAUGAAGUGAUGGAUGAAGAGGGAGGUGUCGGAAGCAAGAAGGAUGUAUGUGUGAAGGUCCUUGUGAAACGGGGGAACAAGCAACAAACAAAGCAAAUGUUCAUCCCCAAGGAUUGUUCACUAGUGCAGAGCACUAAACAGAAAGAGGCUGCUGAGCUUGAAGAGAAACAAGACAUCAAGAGGCUGGUAUUGGAGUAUAAUGACAGGGAAGAGGAGGAACUCAACGGCAUGGGGAUGCAGGCAAUGAAUUGGAUGCAGACAGGGGGAAGCAGACCAUCUGGCCGUGGCAGCAUGUGGGAUGGAUCUGGCGGGAGGUCAGCUGGACUUCGUUACCGGCAUCAUAACCACCCAUCCGGUGGUGGUGGAUUAUAUUAUGGAAGACGAAAAUGAAAUGAUUCUACCUGUGUAGUUUAUGAGGUUUAGUGUUUAUGUUGAUGGAAGAAAGCAGCUGGGGGAACAGAGGAAAGGGGUGGUUGUAUAUGAAUUGGGGGCAUGAAAAGUUGGCCCAUCUGAGCUGCGCAAGGUUUUGAUUCUUC